CUGGCAUUGCUUAUACAAAGUUUGUUAAAUUAUUUUGUUCAAUUGAAACUUGUUAGGAAUUUGAUAAUGGCGACAAUAUAUACUGUCACGAACCCUCCCACGUCUAAUAUUAGUAGACCGAAAUCAUCUAUAAUAGUUGACAAGAACGCCCAAUCAAAUACACCUCAAACAUUAAGGGUUUUUAUAGAUAUGGAUAACGUUCUGUGUGACCUGGAACAAGGUCUUUUGAAAGCAUUUCGAAGAGCAUACCCAAGAGAACCAUACAUCCCACUUGAUCAAAGAAAAGGAUUAAAUAUUAGAAAACAAUACUCAGAACUCAGGCCAGACUUGGGUGUACGUAAAUAUUUUACCAUUUACAUUAAUAACAGGAGGUUGUCACCCUCAUCAUAACCCAUCCAUAUCAUUUUUAUUUCGUCAUAUCACCCUAAUAAAGCCAACUGCCACCCCUCACCCCCCCCCCAAAUAGUGAAAGCACAUCCCAUUCCUUAUUCCUUUGUACUUGUAAAAUAAUAAUAAAACAAUAUUUUUAUGGGAUACGUUUUUAAUGUGCACUUAUGUUAAAAAAUAUUUAGGAUGUCAAUAUUUUUUAAUUUGAUACUUACAUGUUCACAUAGACAUAUUAAUGUAGGCAAUCCAAAUAUAAAAACUCAAACUUGCCUUAAACAUUUCAAUUAUAUUAUAUUACGUCUGAGCCUUAGAAAAACUUUUUUGUUUUUAAAUUCAGGAAAAGAUUUACAAAAUUCACUGUGCCGAUGGAUUUUUACGUGACCUACCAGAAGUACCUGGUGCCUGUGAUGCUCUAAAAGAGAUGAGAAAAUUAAAAGGGUAUGUCUUUUUUUUUUUUUAAAAGAGAAAGAGUAUUUUAUUCUGGUUAAGGUAUCUAUUAGAAUCAGAGACCUCACUUUAUAUGAUUAAUUCCUUCCACCUUGCAAUAAGGAUAAAAAAAAACAUUUACUGCUAAUCAUACACAUAGAUCAAUUUAUUAAUCAAAAUAAUGCAUUAAGCCCACUAAUUGGUUAAAUGACAUGUGUUGAAUAAGAAAAUGAAUCCCCAACACAGGACGUGUGUUACAAUAUAAUAUGAUAGAUACUUUAAGGGUAACCACAUGUGGCUGGUAGUUCAUAACUAGGCCAAUGGACUAUUAUAAUUGUUGCACAUUAUGACUUUAAAGUGUUGCAUGUCAUGACGCAAAACACGCUUUACACAUAUGCUAUAGAUAGAUGACUUGAUUUUUGUUUUAGUUAAUGUCUAUAUGUGAUCAUGUUGAUAUGACAGCCACCCCACAUAGACAGGCAUUAGUUGAUUUGACUGCCACCAACCACCCCACAGAGACAGGCAUUAGAUUAAUUUGACUGCCACCAACCACAGCUCAUAAAUAAGCAUUAUAUGUGUGCACCCAACCAUCGAACAUUAAUUGCCAUUAUCAGUGUGCCCCAAACACUACGCAUAAAUUGGCUGCAUUGUAUUUAUUAAGCUUAUUGGUUGUGCGCUUGUCACUUCUAAAACAUCUGAAAUAAAAUAUUGCAAAUGCAAGAAAUACUUGAUUCUUGAUUUCAGAAUCCAAAUUUUCAUCUAUUCAAGUCCAGUCACUCCAUAUGAACAUAGUCUUAAAGAAAAGGUUAGCCUAAAAAUAGUUAUAAUUCUCUUUUCAAAAUUUUGAAAUGCAGGCCUCUUGUUUAAUUUUUAUAUUCUGAUAUGGAAUAUAUUUUUGAUGUGGAGCGUUGUGCAAUAUCGACUAAAUACUAUGACGAAUAAAUUUUUAGGAAAUUGAAUUUAGUCUAAUUUUAUCCUGAGUGAGUAAAAUCCCUCGAGUUAUGACUUUAACUGGAUUAUUUUUCAGCCUUUUCUUCUCAUUAUAGAGUAGAUGUAAUGAAUGAUCUUAACUCGCCCCUUUCCCACCCCAUAUUAUUAAGAGGUUAUGUCUAUCUCUUAUGACAUUGUAGUGAGCAAGAAACACCUGCCUUGGAACAAAUCAUUUAAUAAGAUGUGGAGCUGUUAUUUACAGCAAAGUUGUUCUUUACUAUUAAUAAAUGAAUUAUGUUUUUUCCUCUAGUGCCGAUGGGUGGAAGAACACUUGGGACUGGAAUGGCUGGAUAAAGUUAUUUUUGUCAAAGAUACAACUCUGCUGACAGGCCAUGUGGUAAUAGAUGAUAGAAUUUCAUUUAAAGGUAUUUUCUAAUCUGGUUACUGUAUUGAGAGUUAUUAAGGAAAUUUUUUACAUGUUUAAUUGAAUAUUUCUAUUUAUUUGGACCACUUAGUGAAUGUAAAAAUUGUAGCGCUGUCUGUUACAAAAUAGGUUUCAUGCUCAUGUCUUAUAGUUGAAAUGUUGGAUCGCUGGCAAACACAUAAGAGGUAUUUUCUUCAUUGUUUUAAAUGAAUCUGAAGUGGUCCUAAUUAUGCCUAAUUCCAAUUGUCAUGUCUUUAUGGUUACAAAUGCCAACUGAACUCAUGUUAUAGUCUAUCCAUAUCACCUAGGAUGCAUCAAAUCCCCGAAAUGGGAGCACAUCGUGUUCUCAGCCUGUCACAACAGCAAGUGCAGCAUAGGGUAUAAGAAACGAUUGAACAACUGGUGUGAUGGCAGUUGGAAGCGUCUCAUCCUUGAUCAGCGCAAGCAUUUACUAGCGUCCUACUAA